UUUCCGAUUGUUCUCCUGCGCGGCUGGAGGUGUAGCCCCUAGCCGAGCUAUGGUGCCUCCGCAGAUGUGAGGAGGUUGCUGGGGACAGUUGCCUAGAUCUACUGUGAGCCAGAUUCAGGAAAAUUUUUCACUGCCAUUUGUACAAGACUGCAUUUGAUGGACCGAAGUGCCAACCUGAGAUCAGGAUUACAGAGAUCGGGAGUACGGAGAGCAGGAAUACUGAGAUCCAUAAUACGGAGAUCCAGAGUACGGAGAUGCCGAGUACAGAGAACAGGAAGACGGAGAUCCAGAAUACAGAGUGCAGGAGGGCAGAGAUCCAGAAUUCAGAGUGCAAGAGGACGGAGAUCUAGAAUACAGAGUGCAGGAGGACAGAGUUCCAGAAUACAGAGUGCAGGAGGACAGAGUUCCAGAAUACAGAGAAUGGGAACACCGAGAUCCAGAAUACAGAGUGCAGGAGGACAGAGUUCCAGAAUACAGAGAAUGGGAACACCGAGAUCCAGAGUACAGAGAUCUGGAGUAGCGAGAUCUAGAGCACAGAGAGCAGGAUUACUGAGAUACAGAAUACAAAGAAUGGGAGUACCGAGAUCCAGAACACAGAGAUCGGGAGUACAGAGAGCAGGAAUACUGAGAUCCAGAAUACAGAGAACGGGAGUGCUGAGAUCCGGAGUACCAAGAGUGGGAGUCCUGGGAGCAGGAGUACAGGGAGUGGGAGUCCUGAGAGCAGAACUACAGCGAGUGGGAGUACAGAGAGCAGGAGUACAGAGAUCCAGAGUACAGAGAGCAGGAGCACCGAGGUCCAGAGUACAGAGAGCAGGAGCAUUGAGGUCGGGAGUACAAAGAGGAGGAGCAACGAGAUCCGGAGUACAGAGAGCAGGAGCACCAAGGUCCAGACAACGGAGAACAGGAGUACAGAGAUAGAGAGUAUGGAGAUGGGGAGGACGGAGAUCGGGAGGACGGAGAUGGAGAGUAUGAAGAUCCUGAAUACAGAUACUCGGAGAACAGAGAUGAGGAGUACAAAGGGCAGGAUUAUUGAGAUCCAGUGUAUGAGAGAUUGGGAGUACAGAGCUUGGGAGUCCCCGUUGUUCAAGUAAGGGAAGACGUUGAUAAACUUCACUCCCAAUGAGUCUGAAUAAAUAAUAAAUGAAGGUCAUUUUUCAAAGCAAAGGGCACAGAACAAAGAGACAGGACUACCAGUGUUUAUUCAGCUAACACCGGGAGAUUUAAUUCACACCCCAGGCUUCAAUUUCCUCAACUAAACUGGGUUUUGGGUACGUUCUGUCUUCCAUACCUGUGCUUCUAAAUCUGAGUCGAGCAGACAGAGAAACGGCAGAGAAUCAUAGAGAAUGUGUAGGAUGUGAAGGGAGAGCCACAGUGAGUGGCUUGGAGGGCAAAGCAUGAAUGUUACAAAUCUAUUACCUAGGCACUGGGUACAUCUGUUCCACUGUCAAAAGGUGCCCUUUCCUUUCUUCUUCCUUUUAAAUCAAG